UAUAUGGAGCCAAGGGUGCCCGUAUAGAAAUCUACCCUGGGAGUCAGUGCACCCUGAGUGACAAUGGGAUCCACCACUGCAAGGAAGGGAUCUUCAUUAAGGACUUCUUAGAUGAACAUUGUGACAUUCCCAAGAUAUCCAUGGUGAAUCAUAUAAUACAUAAUAAUGAAGGUUAUGGUGCUGUCUCGGUGAAACCUACAGUCUUCUCUGACCUGCAAGAAAAUGCUAAAGAUGGAACUGAAGAUUUUGCCUCUGACCAUCCAAGGGAAAGCACACUCUUCCUGAGAAAAUAUCAAAUGAGUGUGCAAGAAGAGAGGAGGAGCUCUCACCUAUAUUAUAUACCUCCAUGGCUUCUUGCUAGAAACUACAGCUCACGUUCGACCAUAUUGCUAGAUAACAGCACAGUCAGCCAGCCUGAUCUUAGACACACACUAGAAAAUGUGACUUUGGCAAUAUAUUACAGCAUAAAACACAGAUCUGCAAAUAGAUCUCUGGCUAUUUUGGAAGAGCCAAUACAUCCACUUUCAGUAAGUGUCACUUUCUUUGAGGUUCUAUUUUUGUCUCAUAGAGUUGUAUUUAGUUCAUGCUGAAGUCAAAAUCACCCACCUUUAAGUCUUCCCUCUGUUGUAUCUAAUCAUCUUAUAUAAGGAGUGUUGUCCAGUGGGCAUGCUGGAGUAAGAGCUGACUUGCAGCUCGGUUUAAUUAGUGCACUAAGGGGAGUAAAUAUACCAUCCAAAUA